AUGUCCAAUCCCUACCUAAGCUUUAUUAACAGUAUCGGCGGCUCAACCGGGAGUCACUCGACUCUCCAAAAACUCGCCGCUUCUUCUUCCCCUUCCACCUCCUCAGUAACAACCACCACCACCACAGUAUCAACCAAUUCCACCAGCCGUAUCCACACCUCGUCCUCAAGACCAACGACUGCGCCAAGACUUCAAGAAAAACCAACGACUUCAAGCUACAGCAAUGGUUCUCAGAGUAGAGACUACAAGUCCAGCAGCAGCAACGGCAACAGCAACGGCAACAGCAGUAACAACCACAGCUCCAGUCGAACCCAUGAUCGAGCCGAUUCCAAAAACUACGGUCAUGACCAGGACCGUCGACAUUCGAACGGAAGCAAGAGUCACGUCAGCAGCCGUGAUACCAUCAACCAUCGGGAUGAGAGGGAUGACGGGGAUGGUAGGAAUGGCAGUGGCAGCUAUCAUGCCGGCAGUCGAAACGAACGCAAGCGUGAACGCGAUGUAGAUACUGGUCGUUCGGACGACCCUCGGGGUUAUGCCAGGACGCCCAAGGACAAGGACGCCUCCUUUUCUGAACUAAGAGCCAAGAAGAGGCACGCUCGGAGCCGUAGCAGAACCCCCAGCAGGACUCGCAGCAGAAAGCAGGAGCAGGAGCAGGAGCAGGAGCAGGAGCAGGAGCAGGAGCAGGAGUCCAAGUCCUAUGACCACCACCAGUGCCUCUUCCCUCCGAUCAAGAAGCGACGCAUGGAGAGCCUUCUUCAGGCAGAGGCGUCCUAUUCCUCACCUUCGUCCCUCUCCAGCCUCUCACCUGAGCCAAGUGAUCACUCGUCGUCUGAGAGGGAGCUUGAAGGAGGCGAAAUGUUACCUUCACCGGCCAAGGAAGAGGGAACGAACACGACUGCGCAAGAUCGCCCUAAACGUGCGACAAAGGAACCACCCAAGAAAGAGUCGCCGUCUCAGCAGGCAUUGGAGCUUGAGCUAUUUGGAAAAAUCAUCAGCAAACGCAAGAUCAACAGUACCACUAUCGCCGCCGCAGCCAGUACCACCUCCACCAAAAAAGCGGAAACCAGCAGCAAACUUAGCAAUAUCAAUGGCGGGAAACAGGACUCGACUUUGGAGCGCAAACCUACGUCGACCUCCUCGAUCACCAAAGUCAAACCUGUGGAGUAUACUGACGAGGAGGAGUAUGGCUCUUUGGGCUCCAUUGUCAAGGACGAGCCAUCUCUCAACAACCAGAGCAACGGUCACCUGGGGGCUAACGGCAAGCGAUCCUCGUUGGAUAAUGUGAGGACAUCAAGGGAGAUCUUGACCAUCAACACCCAGAAGGGUACUGUCACAUCCAAGACUGUCAAAAUGCUCCUGAAGUCACCUAAACCCAGCAACAGUACUGCAAUCCAGCGUCCCUCGAAGAGCUCUUCCAGUGCCAACAUAUCAAAGGAAUCGUCCCAAAAGCACUCGUCCUCAUCAGCCGCAGGGACUGCUUCAAGGAGAAUGUCAAUUCUGCAUUCGGACCAAAUUGUUGCUGCAGCCAUGGGCCGGUACAAGAACCAUUUCCAUAUGCUUGUGGAGGACUCGGAUUCAACUGUCGCUUCCAACCCGUCGUCUACUGGAGGAGACUCGAUGCACGUAUCACUGGAAUACCCAGGAAAGGAUUCCAGAGAAAAGUUCACUCUCAUGAAACCUUUCUUGAGCAGGUCAAAGACGGAGUCGGACGACAAAGACGAGUAUAACCCGAUCGAUGAUCUCGUUCAAACAGUCAGGAUCAUCAUGGAGCACUUCUUCACUCCAGAGCAGUACAAGGAGCUCUUUGGAACGGCCAGCGAGGGGCUCCAUCGCAGCCUGACAAAGUACAAGACCCGGAAGGACGGCGCACAAUUUCUGAAGGCGGUCGAGGAGUUCAACCAGAUCAUGCGGAAGCAAAAGUCGUUGGGCGCGAUUCAGGAACAUGUUCGACAGUACGGUCACCGCCUUCCAUACGAUUUGGUGGUACAUGUUUUGCAGCAGGUGUACUCGCGCACGGUAGCGGCCCGAGCAUCGAAGCUGAACCAAUAUGAGGCCUUCUCCAACAAUGUAUACGGCGAGAUUCUUCCUAUCCUGACCAAGGAGUUCAUCCAAAGGACCAAGAUGGACGAGAGCAAGGUCUUUGUCGAUCUUGGCUGUGGUAUUGGCAAUGUGGUCCUACAGGUUGCAUUACAGACAGGGGCAGAGUCAUAUGGCGUUGAGAUCAUGGACACCCCCGCCAAGUUUGCCAAAAAGCAAGCCAGAGAAUUCGAAGCGCGCACUCGUGCUUUUGGAUUGAAUCAUGGAGCGGUUUCGAUGAUUCACGGCGAUUUCCUGGACACGCCUGGACUGGCAGGAAUUCUCGCACGCGCGGAUGUUGUUCUGGUCAACAACUAUGCCUUCAACUCGGCUCUGAACCAGUCUUUGCUCCAGUUGUUCCUGGAUCUGAAAGAGGGAUGCAAGAUCAUCUCGCUGAAGACGUUUGUGUCUUUGGAUCAUAAGAUAAACGUGAGGAACGCAGGGAGUGUCGAGUCGAUUCUUCGGGUCAAGAAGUACCCGUACUACACUAAUGCCGUCUCAUGGACACACAACGGCGGAGAGUAUUUUAUUGCGACGGUGGACCGUUCUGCUGUCCAAGCCUUCUGGGAGCGUGCUAUGACCAACGGCGGCGCUUCUCUGGACGAUGGCGGUUCCAGACGGUCCAGUACCCGUAGGCGAUAG